CAGAUCAGGAAACCAAUGGUUGAGAAGAAAAGGAGAGAAAGGAUGAAUAAAAGUAUAUCCCUUCUGAAGUCGCUAAUCGCACAGACUAUUCAACAAAACACUGCUCCAAUGACAAGAGUUGACAAAGCAGACAUUCUAGAGUUAACUGUGUAUCACCUCACGCAAUUACAACAUCAACAACAAUCUGUUACCAUGGCAACAGAAGCUGCUGCCUACAACGCAGGCUACAAGGCAUGUGCACGAGAAGCUGUGACGUAUUUAGCAAAGAAUAAAAUCACAAGUGAUACAGUGACUGGUUCCCUUAGCAACCAUUUACACAAGUCAUUCCUCGCGAGUAGCAGCCGACAGGGGCAAACAGGUUUAUUUCACAGAAAUCUUCAGAGUUAUAAUCCAGCUACACAAGCCAGUCGUCUUUCAACUCCUCUCAGACCAUGUGACCCCUUUAACACGUCUUUACCUGAAAUCAAUUUAUCAGGAUAUUCACCAAUUUUAAACGGAACUCAGGCUCUACCGGAACUCACGUCAUCAUUUGUGCACGCGAGCCUCGAUUCCAGUUCUUCUUCAGGCUAUUCAAGUACUAGUUCAAACGAAACUACCUCUUCAUCUACAAUGGGUUCUUAUAGUUCAUUGUCUGAUGACUGUGCAGUAGAUGAUUCUUGUACGGAAAAUGACGAAAAACACAUUCCUAGUCAAACAGAUGUUGUAACUAUUGGAAACGGCAAAGAAAAUGAAAUUGGUCACGUUAUACAAGAAGUUCUAUGGAGGCCAUUUUAGACACAAGAGAGAAUGAGAGAGAAUGGACAAAAUGUGCUAUGUUGAUAAA